AUGCUAUCACUAUCUGUGUUCUUCACCUUGUGCCUUUUGCAACAAGUCUCUGCCUGGAUCCCUCCCAAAAAUGACAUUGAUUGGGAACCCGUCGACGCCAUGAGAGCUCGAUUAGGCCUGGAGUUCAAUUAUACCCCCUCGCUGCUGCAUCCCGAGAUUUGUCGCUUUUUGACCGACCACGAAUGCCAACAUGCCGAUGAAAGCAUGAUCUCUCAUGCCAAAAGCCAUCGACAGUUACAACAAGCCAUAUCGCACAAUCCCAAUCUAGGAACCUUCAAAGUCCUCGUAGUCCUCGUCGUCUUUUCCGAUCACGUUGGUCGUGACAACCGCAUUGCCAAGACGGAUGUCGAAAACAUGUGGAAGACGUUGGUCCCCGAAUGGUUUGACGUUAAUAGUCAUGGCAAGUACGAUAUUGAUCCCGUCGUGGCCGAAUGGGUCGUCACGGACAAUACCGAAUCCUACUAUACAUUUGGCAAACGCGGCAUUACACCCGAUUUUCAAAAAGCCGCUUGGCCGGCACUCGACGCCCUCGACAAUACGCCCGGAUGGGACUGGUCCAUUUUCGACAAGAACAAUGACAACAAACUCGAUUCGGUCAUUAUCACGCACAGUGGAUACGGAGCCGAAACCACCGAAGUGGAUGCCUAUGGGACAUCGUGGGAGAAUCGCAUUUGGGCCCAUGCGUUUGCCGAUGCGGGCGACACGGCGUGGACGUCCAAAGAUGGGAGUGUCCAAUUGGCAGGAUAUACCGUGGCAUCUGCCUUGGAAGAUCACACGGGCGCCAAUCCGGCGACUAUUGGAUUGACGGUUCAUGAAUACAUGCAUACGUUUGGACUAAUUGAUCUCUAUUCCGACGAGGGUAAUGGUAUUGGAAGCUUUGAUAUCAUGGCCUCGCCAUACGGUCCCGCUGGAAAUGGCAACAAACCAGGCCACUUGAGUACCUUUAGCAAAAUUGAAGCAGAAUGGGCCACACCCACCGUGAUUGACUCGGAUGGAGUGUAUACCCUACAACCCCUGGCAUUGACAGAUGAAUCGUACAAGAUUGUACUGCAAUCCUUUGGUUCCUUUGAGGAAUACUUGCUCUUUGAAAAUCGACAAAAGCUGGAAUUUGAUGUCGAUCUUUUUGGAACUGGACUCGCCAUUUAUCACGUGGACACGGCCAAAGACGAACAGAAACAAGCAGGAUAUCCCGGUCAGACCGCCAAUGGCGCAGCAUGGCCCGCCAAUGGAUAUCAUUAUGAAUGCGCCAUGUUGCCAGCGGAUGGAAACUAUGACCUCGAAAAAGGAGUCAACAAGGGCGACGCUGGUGAUCUUUGGCAAUCCGGACAACAACUGGGAACCGGUCAAGGCAACACUGUCUAUCCCAAUACCGAUGCCUACAUGGAGGGAUGGGUUUAUGAGUCGGGUGUCACGGUGAAGGUGUUGGAUCCACAGGGUCAAAAUGGGCGCCCACCACGAGUGCUCCCACUACUGCCAACCCACACUAGUGCACCAACAUCUUCUGCACCAACAUCGGCAAAUCCCACAACUGAGAGCCCCACCACUAGUGCUCCUACGGCAGCAGCACCCACAACCAGUGCUCCUACGGCAGCGGCGCCAACCACUAGUGCGCCUUCGACGGGGGCACCCACAACUAGUGCUCCUACGGCUACGGCACCAACCACUAGUGCUCCUACGGCAGCGGCACCCACCACUAGUGUCCCCACUUCGGAAGCCCCAUCAACAACGACUCCGUCUAUCGCCCCUUCCGAGACACCGUCCAUCGCCCCUUCCGAGACACCGUCUAUCGCCCCUUCGACUGUGCCAAGUUCCACUCCUUCUGAAACACCGUCAAUCACCCCUUCGACUGUUCCUAGCUCCACUCCUUCUGAAACACCGUCUGCAACACCGUCUACUUCGCCUAGCUCCACUCCUUCUGAAACGCCUUCAGUCCAGCCAUCCAGCACGCCUUCAGCGGGGCCAUCUGAAACACCUUCAACAGGUCCGUCAGCAGAACCUUCAGUGCAGCCAUCGUCCAAUCCAACGGGAACUCCAACGACAGGAGCUCCUACAACUUCCGUGCCAACUGUUACCCCUGGAAGCCCUUCCCUGGCUCCUACUACUCAGAUUCCAAGCCACGUUCCGUCCGCUGUCCCUACAAUAUCUCCUAGCUCUUCUCCGACAGAUUCGCCUACAAAGAUACCGAGCGCUGCCCCCACUACAUCCCCCAGCUCUUCUCCGUCAUUUUUGCCCUCAAGCAAACCCACAACAGGGCCAACAGCAUCCCCGAGCUCCUCACCGUCAAUUUCGCCCUCAAAUAAACCCACCACAGGUCCGACAACAUCGCCGAGCUCCUCUCCGACAGAUACCCCCACGGACGCGCCCACUAAAGGCCCCACAGCAUCCCCUAGCUCUUCGCCAACAGGGGCUCCUACAACGCUACACCCGACGGUAACCCCUGGAAGCCCUUCCCAGGCUCCCACCACACAGGCUCCAACCACCGCUUCCCCGACAAAAUCGCCCACAGCAGAGCCUACACGGCUCUGCCUUGAGUGCGUGACAUCGGGACCCGUAUCAUCCGGCGAUCGUCCCAUUUUCAGAGGAGAACCUGGAUUUCAGCUUCAAGAUGAUGGAUCUACAGAAUCCGACGGUGCCCCCAUGGCAGCUCCUGUGGAAGCACGUAACGGGAUGAUCCCCAUUGCUUCCAGUACCAGCUACCGCAAACCUGCUCUCAUCCCGAUUGCUAGUACUACGACGAGAAAUCGGGGUUUCCAACCAGAUGCAUCUGCUCUCGCCGAUGGGAGCAAUCCUGCUCCAGGAGGGGAGCGUGAUGGUCUCAUCCCUAUUGCUUCCAGUACCAGCUUUCGCAAACCCAAACCAGUCCUCAUCCCCGUUGCUUCCAGUACCAGCACUCGAUUACCGCAAUCCUCGGCUUUGGACGAGGAAAGCUCAGCAGCCGUUGGAAGGAAUGACUUGCUAUUGUUCGCGAUGAUUGGAUCCACAAGUUUGUUCGUGUGGAUGUCGAUCUUUUAG